UUAAUAAGCAUUUAUGGAAACAAAAAUUCAUGGACAGUUGUGAUACUUUAAGCUUAAUUUUAGUAACAGAAAAUAGUAUUGUUUUCGAGCUAAGUUACUAGUAGCUUUCUUUGCUUGGACUUUCCUGCUCUAAAAGACUUGAAAGAACUUUCAAACUUUGCACAAAUGUUCGGCAAUCAAGGAAGCGAUCAAGGGUGUGGGAAGUGGCUCACAACUAAGAAUACGAGAAGAAUUGCUCAGUCACUAAAGCAGAAAAAUGCAAGAGGAACACGUAAAGGAAGAAAGAAGCAGUCAGUCAUCAAAACCGACCACCUACCAGGAGUGGUUACUAGUAUCUCUAGCACACCAAUGUCUCCUAGACUUAUAGAGAUGUUAUCUCGUGUAAAACAGGCUAAAGUAGAGCGGUUUUUUAAGCCUGCUGGUUCAAAGGACCAAGAAAACAAGAAGUCUGAAAGUGAAGAGAGAAACGAUGAUGGACUUGGGAAAAAAGAUGUGUUGCAAAGCUACACGACUCCUAUUUCAAAACGACGACACAAAAUGACUACAGACCAGGAUGAGUUGCAACUGUGGGGGGAUGAUGGCAUAACUUCAAGCGAAAGACUUCAAAAUGAGACAGACAAACUUAAUAUAAGUGGAGUAUUGCCAAUUGAAGUGUCAAAGCCCUGCUCAUCUGCUGAUGAUGAUUUACAUGGUUUACAUCAAUUCAAUACCACAACAACAAAUCAAUAUGAACCAUUUAUUAAUUCAAGUCAAGAUGAUGUAAUAAAAAGUCCAGUUUCAAAGAAAUUGAAAUCCAUGACAGCUGAAUCUCCAACUUGUCCUUUGAGUCUAUUUCCUAGUAGUUUCAAUAAUGAUGAUGAAAAAGAUUCUGACAGUUUCCACUAUACGCAGUGGGUUGAUGAACAGAAAAGAAAAUCCAAGGAGCUUCAAGAUAAUAGUCCUGGUAUAAGUGAAAAAGGAACAGAGCUAUGGGCAAACUCUGGUGGAAGUUCAUUAUCAGGUUCUAGUAAUUUGAACAAAAAAUAUGACCAAGAUAUUUUUGAUGAGAUCAAUUCUGACACAGAGUCUCAGUUUCGUUUUUCGCAGUGGGCCUUAGAGCAAAAAUCAAAGUGUAAAAAGUUACAGAAUGAUUCACAUGAUGAAGUGUUAUCUGAACCAAGAUCUAAAGAUUGGACAGUAAGCUUGAGCAAGAAAUUUAAACAGUGUAAGAGUUCAAAUCACCUUCAAUCAGACAUGAAUUGGACUGAAUCAAACUUUCAAUAUACAGAAUGGGUCAAAGAACAAAGAACAAAAAGCAAAGAAAUUCAAAAUUUAUUACCAGAAUCAAAGGAACUUCGUCAAACUUGCCAUAGAAUAAGAAAUGAAAGUUUGGAUGAAAAUGAUGUGUGUAUUCCAGAGUCAGAAGUAUUUGAGGGAGUUGAAUUAGGGAGCCAAUGUGGAUGGGAGUAUGAAAAGAAUGAUUACAAAGAAGACAAAUCAGAGAAUGCAAGGAAUAGAGAUCACCUAAAGAACAGUAAUAUGAAUCCUUUCUCUAGAGAAGCAUUAAUAGAUGUUCCUAAUGAAGUGAUGUGUGACAAUGGGGCCUGUUCUAAGACAGAAAGGAAGCAUCUGAGAGAACUGUAUCAGAAAGACAUUGAAAAUGAAGAAAGUUACAUGACUAGUCCCACCCAAGAGUCUGAAUAUUUUUGGUACACAGAGUGGACAAAAAAUCAAAGGCAGAUUUGCAAACAAAUCCAAAAAGACCCAGAAUUACCAAGUUUUCAGCAUGAUUUCUAGGAUGUACCUACUAAGAAUGACAUAAAAUCUGUGAACGAAAGCCUAGAAAAAGAAAAUCAGCUUGUCCUUGCCUCUGAUACCGACCAAGGGAGUGAUAGUGAGACAUAAGUUUUCUUAGUUUUCAAACGUUUUGCGUAAUAUAUCCAGUUUGUUUAGUUUUGAAAGUGCAAAUUAAUAAUUCCACAAUUAUAACAAAAGAAAUUAAUCCCCCAAAAACGACAAGCAUUUAUUUCUGUGCACCUGAAUUAUUAAAUUAGAAUGAGAGUAUCAAUUAUAUUCACUAUGAUAAAUUAAAAGUAGAUAAACAAUGUAAUCACA